CUCAUUUCUGUGGCGUUUCUGUUUCUGGUUCGAGUUCUUCCUGUUUCUUGCCGGUUUUCACAGACUGAAAAUUCCCCUUCAAUGCCAUUUUUUGCAGCUCUGCCUUGAAAUGGGAAAAACCCAAAGGAAUAUCUCGUUUUCCACCACAGCUUCGCAGUGCUCAUCCCAGAUCCCUUUCCAAAGCAAAACUCACCUUGAAUGCACAUUUUUUCACACAUUUAAUUAUUAUUCUUUAAAGAGGGAAAAACAUUGAAAGAAGAGAAAAUUCCACACAGACCCAGAGCAGAGCAGGACUUUGAAUGCUGGGGAGAGGGGCUGCACUUGAGGGCUAUUUUUUUUUGCCAGUUCAAUGUGUUUUGCUCAUUUUUUCCCAUCCCCAUCACACUGUGUUUCUCCACAAGAAAAUACUUCUGAUGGAGAACAGGGAGAUUUCUUUCAAUGGCCAUUUAUCAAUAGAAACAAGGCCCGGAAAAACAGGGAGAACACCCCUCCCCAUCCCCCAACAAAACAAACAAAAAACGAACAACAAAAACCCCAAACCCACUCAAUUUGAGGAAAAAAAAAGGGGGUGGGAGGGUUUUGCUGCUGGUGGGCGUCUUGUAGGAAGGUUUUGCAAGUCACUGCUUAGGAUUUGCGGAGAAAUUGGGGGAAAAUGGGAGAAAACCACUUCUUGUGUCUACGGGGAUUGCUUGGGCUGGGACCCCCCCGUGAUCUGCGAUCGAUGCCGGGAUGCAAAUGGGGAGCUGGGCCACAGGGGGGAUUUUCUCCCCCAUUUCACCACCUACAAGUGACCAAAGGGAAAGAAAUAAACGCAGCAUGUCGAGGCAGCAGAGGGUUGUUAUUAGGGUUAACCCACACAAUAAAGCACCGUUGCCAGGCCGGUCUCUGUCUCUUACAGCCCAAACCCCGCUGGCUCUGCCGCCAGACUUGCUUCCUCUUGUCCACAAGGACUUGCGGCAUCAGCCCGAGGAAAAGGAGAAACCACCAGCAAAAGCAACAGAAAGGGCAGCUGCUUUCAUCUUCACGGCCCUAAUUUUAAACAAAGUCCCUGACAAACCCGCAGAUCGCCACUAAACCCAAAUCACAGCCUGGCUUGGUUGUGGAACGAGUCAUUUUCCCACUUGACUCACAGUGAGGUGGAUCAUGAGUGGAAUCACCCUCCAAACUCAAGAGCUCAUUACAGCACGUGGUCCAGUGAGUCUCCCAAGUGUAAAUCAAAGUGCUUCUUCACAGCACCCUGCUUCAACAAAGAAGUUCCUAAUGCUCUGUUUCUUCUGCUUUUCCUCUGAAAAAGCCUGAUAUAGGUUUAAUUUGAAAGUCCAGGAAAGAAAAUGCAACCUCAACAACAAAAACACCUUUCUGCAUAGCUCAGCAGGCCCAGAGCCAGCUCUCUAGAGCUGGGGUGGAAAUUCAGUCUCUUCUCGUUUGAAGGCACCGUACGAGAUUCACAUCAGAGCUUUGGACGGUGGAUCGCUCAGCAUGGAGGGCGCAGAGCCUCCAUUCCUCCAGCAGCGCCAGCAGACGCGCCGCGCACCCCUCCUGCGGAGCCACCACAGCUGCCCCACGGACCCGAGAGCCCUUCCAGGUGUCGGAGAACAGCUGCACCAGCCCGUGACAAAAGCCUGCAGGAAGUAAUUUAAGAGGCUUUUUCUGCGAGCAACGGAGCUUCUUCCACAGCCCUGGUGAGCGGGGACAAGGCAGGCGGGUUCGGGGAGGGUUCAGCACUACAGAAGGAGCCUUUUCAGAGCGCCUCCUACCGGCCACCCGCUUCACCCGCGCCAUCUCGCUGCUGUUCCCGCCAACGUCGUGCCUCGCCCCCUUUAAGCACCUAGCGCGCUCUGAUUGGCUGCUUCCCCCCCACCGCCGCAUCCUAUUGGCUGCUCCUCCCCACACAGCCCCCACUAACGUUCCCAGUAGCGGACCUGAGUGAGGACUGCGGUUCCCCUCAGAGACCGCCCCCCCCACCUCCCCCGCUCCUCGCUCUGGUCCAUUUGAAGUGGAGAAACGCGGGGUUGGGGUGGGUUUGCAGUUCUUCGGGUAAAUAAUUGGAGGGGGUUUGUGGGCUCCGAAGGCUCUUUUUUAAUCACCAGCUCGUUAUACCGAAAGGACACCAAUGUGGGCGUAUUUUGCCCCAAAAUACAGCUCCAGUGCAAACGGGGUCCAGGUGGGGGGGGGGGGGGGGGGGGGAGACGGUGUCGUGGCUUUUAAUCCUCUGGUUUUGGGAAGUUUUGUCCCAUUUGGGGCAUUUUCCCCAGUGUGCUGGGAAAUGGGGAUUUUCCACCUCAACGCAAGUGCCUGCAAGGGGGAAAAAUCCCUCCCAGUGUCACCAGUCUGCCCAGUUCCCUCCCCCACCAGAGCUUUCCCCUCUUUUUAACCCAGUUUGCUGGGAUAAAGUUUCAUAAUUUCACUUCUUCCAUUUCAUAACUUCCCUCACAAAUUGCCAGGUUAGAUGAAUAAUUAAACCAGUGAAAUUCCACACUCGACACAGAGAUGCCCAAUUUAUACAUCUACAGAAAGAAAAUUUCUCAUGUACGAGGAUCAGCUAAUUUUCCCUACAAAAUGCAGGAACUGCUUCCCAAACUACUCAUUUCCUUUCCAAAACAAGAAACCCCUCCAUAAAUAAGGAUUGCAUUUACAAAAAUCCUUUCUGGUAUCUGCCUUUCAAAUGUCACAAACAUUCCCAUACACACACACCCCUUCCGAACUUGGACCGCUUGCCGCCCUCUCGGAAAGAAAACCCAGCUAUACGGACCAGAAAUGCUUGAGUAGAUACUGGCACCUAAUUUUCAAGGAGGACCCUGUCUUAAGUCAUACCUUUUCCUUCAGCACAUCUUAUUAGGUAGCUGAGGCUGUUUCCCUAUUAAUAUAGUGGCCGCUAUAAAUCAUAUUCUUAUCAGCCAAACUGCCGUUGUGUUUCUGCUGAACUGAUGCCAAAAGUAACACAGCCUGUCACGGUUUGGCCUCACAACCCCAGGGAACAGGAACGGGAACGGGAGUCCUGCAGAGCUGCCCUUGUGACUUCGCUGUCUCAUCACCAUGGACACCACAAACACCACGCUGCUCCGCACCACAGCCUGGAUCACAGCCCGGCUACAGCAAUCGCCAUCCUGACCACAGCCCGGCUCCGGCAAACGCCAUCCUGACCAUAGCCCGGCUCUGGCAAACGCCAUCCUGACCACAGCCCGGCUACAGCAAUCGCCAUCCUGACCACAGCCCGGCUCCGGCAAACGCUGCCUUCACCACAGCCCAGCUACAGCAAACGCUGCCCCGACCACAUCCCGGCUCCGGCAAUCGCCAUCCUGACCACAUCCCGGCUCCGGCAAAUGCCAUCCUGACCACAGCCCGGCUACAGCAAUCGCCAUCCUGACCACAUCCCGGCUCCGGCAAACGCUGCCUUCACCACAGCCCGGCUCCGGCAAACGCCAUCCUGACCACAGCCCGGCUCCGGCAAACGCCGCCCUGUCAGCCCGGAACAGGGAGGCAGAAGCAGCUCUUUGGAACAUCUGUGAAGACCACAGGAGCCGGAAAGGUCAGCGCUUGCUUUGGUUUUGGUUUGGUUUUGUUUUAAGAACACCACAUUUCGUAUAGUACCAGCUUUAGCAAGGCCUGGUUUUUCCCAGCUCUGCAUUUGCCUUUCCUCCAAAACUACGCAAUUUCUGCUAACGCAGCUCCCGUGCCUGCCUGCCGUGACCCGCGUGGCUCUGCACGGCCGCCUCCCAGGGCACCCUGCCCGCGUUUCCGUGCGGAUUCUUGUCUCCUCGUACCCGCCCCACUGGUGAAGCAGCUGCCACACUCCCAGCUUGGAACCUGUUCUGCGAUUGGUACGACAGGCGAUUUUAGUGUAUUUAUUCUAGUUUGUUCACCUAUCUGCUUGAAUUUAGAAUAUUUUCUUUAAAAAGGGUCACCAGUUGUAUUAGGAUACAGGUACAUUUUAGUUAUAAAUGUUCGUUAAAACCAUUAGACUUAUCAAACUUCUCUCCAGUUCUAAAUCCCUGAUUGCUCUGUUUCUCUUUUGAAUAGGUAGUUUAGAAAUUCAGCAUGCAAAUUCACUCCUUUAGUUUCUGAUUAUGUCUACAAGAACUGGUAAAACUGAUGCACUUUCCUUCCUUCAGAAUCUGUUGUGGACUUUGUGCCUCUUAUGUUGCAGGUGUCUCAGCAGUUUUAAAACAUAAUGUUGCAUGUUAAAAAAUCUUGAUCCUCUUCUGAAAUGACUUCUUUAAAAAACAGUAGAAUCUUAAUAUAAGAUUGUCGGCAUAGUGUGGAUAGAUCCAAGGGAAUCCUCUGUGACCAGCUUUCCAGCCAGGUGCCUACACCUGGAUAGAAGCCUCUCAUUCUGCCUUAAUUAGCUGUUCUCAUUAAAGCACUGUUAUCUCUGCAGCAAGAGAGGACCCAGAGAGAGCAACUUCUAACAGCACAGGAAACCAAGGCGUCGGCUUGGAUGCCGAUGUGCUCCCAUAGAGCCACGACAUCUUUCUCACCAUAGAGAAAAACACUUUGCCUCAAUCUGCCAAAACACCAAAGCAAAUUUCAGGUCUCUCACCUUUAACAAAACCAACACAGCACAGAUAAACCAUCCCAGACGACUGAUCUCAGACAGCGCUCGGUGAUGUGUCCCCCACCCACAGCGCUCGGUGCGUGUCCCCGACCCACAGCACUCGGUGAUGUGUCCCCCACCCGCAUCGCUCGGUGCGUGUCCCCCACCCGCAGUGCCCGGUACGUGUCCCCCACCCGCAGUGCUCGGUGCGUGUCCCCCACCCGCAGUGCUUGGUGCGUGUCCCCCACCCGCAGUGCUCAUUACGUGUCCCCCACCCGCAGUGCUUGGUGCGUGUCCCCCACCUGCAGUGCUCAUUACGUGUCCCCCACCCGCAGUGCCCGGUACGUGUCCCCCACCCGCAGUGCUUGGUGCGUGUCCCCCACCCGCAGUGCUCAUUACGUGUCCCCCACCCGCAGUGCUUGGUGCGUGUCCCCCACCUGCAGUGCUCAUUACGUGUCCCCCACCCGCAGUGCCCGGUACGUGUCCCCCACCCGCAGUGCUCGGUGCGUGUCCCCCACCCGCAGUGUUUGGUGCGUGUCCCCCACCCGCAGUGCCCGGUACGUGUCCCCCACCCGCAGUGCCCGGUGCGUGUCCCCCACCCGCAGCGCUCGGUGCGUGUCCCCCACCCGCAGCGCCCGGUGCGUGUCCCCCACCCGCAGCGCUCGGUGCGUGUCCCCCACCCGCAGCGCUCGGUGCGUGUCCCCCACCCGCAGUGCCCGGUGCGUGUCCCCCACCCGCAGUGCUCAUUACGUGUCCCCCACCCGCAGUGUUCGGUGCGUGUCCCCCACCCGCACUGUUCGGUGCGUGUCCCCCACCCGCAGUGCUCAUUACGUGUCCCCCACCCGCAGUGCUUGGUGUGUGUCCCCCACCCGUCGUCUCCGGAGGAGGAAUCGUGGUCCUGGGCAACCGGGAGGAUCACACCUGCGUGGCGCUUUCCUUAUCCCAUCAGAUCCACGGCACACAUUCCAUGGCCACAUUGAGGGGGAUGUCUCUUCAGCCGUUAUCCCCUUUAUCGUCAUUCUUUCACUUUAUCUGUGUUCUUAAAUAUUUAGUUUCCUGUGUCAUAUCUCAAGUGACGCUGUACUUAGGGUUAUGCCCAAGAAGAUACCGGUUUAUGUUGUCUCAGGCAGCGGACGGACACGAAGGUGCUCACUGCACCAAGUAAAGCCCUCGACUGAUCAUUGAAGCCCUGGGUUAAAGGUGGUUGCAAUGUUUCCUUUUCUGCUCUUGUUUUGUAGGACCACGCUGACGUAACUUUCUCAAUCCAGGAAAAGGAUGCAGCUGUUUCUUCAAAUAUGAAUACAAAUACAGGGAUCUAACCUUGAUGGACGGGGCUUA